AUGAGAGAGGGAGAGAUGGGAAGAGAGACGGAGAGAUGGGAAGAGAGGCGGAGAGCGGGGACGAGAGGCGGAGAGAUGGGAAGAGCGGCGGAGAGAGGGGAAGAGAGGCGGAGAGGUGGGAAGAGAGGCGGGGAACGGGAACGAGAGGCGGACAGACGGGAAGAGAGGCGGAGAGAGGAGAAGAGAGGCGGAGAGAGGGGAAGAGAGGCGGAGAGAUGGGAAGAUAGGCGGAGAGAGGGGAAGAGAGGCAGAGAGCGGGGAAGAGAGGCAGGGAGAGAGGGGACUAGUGGUGGAGAGAGGCAGAGAGAGGGGAAGAGAGGCGGAGAGCGGGAAAGAGAGGCAGAGAGCGGGGAAGAGAGGCAGGGAGAGAGGGGACUAGUGGUGGAGAGAGGCAGAGAGAGGGGAAGAGAGGCAGAGAGCGGGGAAGAGAGGCAGGGAGAGAGGGGACUAGUGGUGGAGAGAGGGGAAGAGAGGCAGAGAGCGGGGAAGAGAGGCAGGGAGAGAGGGGACUAG